CUUCCGCCGUUGGUUGCUCGGAUGUCAAGGUAGCCUUUUCCUUUCCCCAAGAGACACGACACUUAAAACCUUUCUUGGGCUUGAUUGGAAUUCUGUUCUUAUUAUAGAAUUACCCAGCGUAGAUAUAUUUCUACCAGCAAAAUUCUUUCUUGCCGUUUUCUUCUGGAUAUUCCUCUGUUUCUCAUGCCCAUGCCAAUGUCAAUGUUCAAUGUGAAAGUGAAAGUAGAUUCUCUGUGACUGUGACUAACACUAACACGUACAAGAACCAAAAUGUCGAAGAUAAUGUGUUCGUUACUCCGUGGUUUUUCUUUGAACAAUCCAGUUAAUUAUUAUCCAGUUGGUGUUGCUAUAUGGAAGACCUGCGCCUUGCACACUCAUCACACUGGUCUAACCAGGGGAUGUUGCAGACAACAGGCAAAAGUAAAAGACAGGCACAGGGGAAACUCCUCGACCAGGGCCCUGUCCGGCAGUGACAGCAAUAUCUCUUGUCAGGUCAUCUAUGAAGACGAAAAUGUACUUGCUCUCAAUAAACCACAGUAUUUUUCAGUCUAUGGGAAAAGCAACUAUGCAGAAGAAGAAAGAAAAGAUUCUAAAGACAAUGCAGAUACUGCCACAGAGUCUGUAUCUCAACUUUUACCAGAUUUGGCUGUCAAUUUUGGAUGUUCAGACUUGGAAAUUGGUCUGUCUUUAAAGAGCUUCUACAGCGGUGUUGUGCUACUCAGUAAAACAAGUGAAUCAAAGGCCAGUUUGGACAAAUUUCUGUCAAAGGCAGCAGCACAGAAAGUACUGUUCAUGUCUUAUCUUGCUAUCACAGUGGGGAUACCUCAGUGUGUUUAUGGUGUACCACUCCAUAGUUGUGUUGCUCGUGAAUCUUUACAUGGACUAGAAAUGAGUGUGAUCCAUGAGAAAGGCAGCCAGUCUGCUCGUAAAGAUGGAAAGAUGAUGCUUCUGCCCCACACAGUUGAGCCUCUGGCUAUAAAUUCAGACCUUGGAGCUGCCCUGGUUAGGGUCACUGUGAACAAAGACAAGUGGGGGGCUUUGGAGGCCAUCUUGAGCUACUACCUGAGCCCCGUGCUGGGAGACACCAAGUACUCUGCCCGCACACACACUGUGAUGGGGGCACCCUUCCCCACCAGUCCACUCGCCGCUCCUCCCGGUCCACAGAGACUUCCAGCCAAACUACAGGCCUGCCUGACCUCCGACCUCAGCCUCUCACCAGUUGACCGAUCUCGCCUGUUUCUCCACCGGCACCAAGUCAAUCUGACCCAGUUCCCACGCAGAGCGGCUGCGCCUCUCGCCAUCACUGCCACACCCCCCUCACACUUCCUGUCCACCCUCAAGUGUCUCGGCCUCUUCAGCGAGAAACUAUUUCACCACUCUUGACAAUAGCAUAAUAAAGAAAGAAACAUCAAAACCA